AUGAACGGCAAACAAUCAGUGAUUGGUGAACAACAGAGGAGUGCAGAAGAUCAUACUCCGAAUUCAAACAACUUGUUCUUUUAUAAAGGGUUUCUUCCUUUGGAUAAGACUGAAUUUCCAGUGCACUUUGUUCUUCAUCAAAACAUGAUUACUGACAAACAAUUUCUUCCGGAACAGCUCUUUCAGUUGUUUACACAAAUUCUAGCAUUUGAAUAUAUUAGAAAGAGGCUGACCAUCCCGAGAAGUCUCCUAUUUUCAUUAGAGUACUUUCAUGAAAGAGAAAAGAUGAAACAACAAAAUAUAAUUCCAAAACAUAUUGAUAUGCCCUUUAAACAAGUAUUUGGUAACCCUAGUUUAUUUGAUGCUGUAGAAGCGACCAUUGUAAGAGAACACAUCCACAAUGGUGGUGAAGGGAAUGAGGAAUUUGAGACAAAGUCACAAAAUGUCAACAUUCCUGAAACAAUUCCUCAAGCACCAUCUUCUUCUUCAAGCAGUGCCGCAUCAAACUCCUCUCCAAAUAUUGUGGCGCAAUCAACCCCGACAACUGCUGCUGAGACCUCUUCAUCAAUCACAUCUCAAACUAAUAAGAAUUCAACAAAAGAAAACACGUCUGAUCAACAAGUGUCCAACACGACAUUACAAAAUAGUCAGCAACAUGACAAACAAAGCAGUGACAUUCAAACCUCUUUGAAAAUUCCAAAUAAUAUCCAGAAGACCACAUCUUCAAACUCCACCAACAAUACUCUUUUCAAACAAUUAACUCCAAGAAGAGUCAAGCCACAAUCGAACACGAGAGACACACAGCUAACAUUACUUGGACUCGAAGUUAUUUCAUACAUGUGUGGAAAUUAUCCAAAAGGAAAUCAAAUAUUUAAAUCCUUAAUUGAAGAGCCAAUCCCAAAUCUUACAUCAAAAUGCUCAGCACCAACAUCUGAAAAUAAUGCCACGAACAAUUCCAUACCAUUGAUUAUAUUGUCUGAUGAUGACAAAGAGGUAAAACCUCCUCCUGAAAAAGCCAGAAAGCUCGAAUUACCACAACACUCUUCGCCAAACACUACAUCACACGUAUCAACCAAGAUGCAAGAAACUGUAUCAAGAAUAGCUGUAACAUCUCCUAAAAUACAGUCGAACAAGCUGUUUGAUUCUAAAGCUGCUGCUGCCUUAAUGGAAUUAUCUCCCUCUGACGAUGAUUCUACAGAAAUAGUCACGAAAAAAACAACAACGAAAAAAACCAAGAAAAAACACAAAACAGGCAAGAGAAAGCCAAUUCAAAAAUCAAAACAGCAAAAUAAUGAUGACAUUUUCUUUAUAGAGUACAUUAUUCAGAAAAAAGUUUUAGAAAAAUCAGAGCCAACGUAUUUUGUGAAAUGGCUAGGGUAUGCUGAGAAUUACAACAGCUGGGUUAAAGAAAGUGACAUUUUCGAUGGCAACUUAAUAGCAAAUUUCAACGGUGAGGUGAUAUUUGAAAACGAACGUGCCAAAAAGAAGUAUGAAGAACAGCAGAAACAAACAUUGCUUCAGUAA